AUGUCUUCUUUGACUACGUUGACUCUAUACGGAAAUAGCUUGAGUGGCGGUCUUCCAGACAAUAUAUGCCAGCAUCAUCCGAGUCUUGAGAAGGUUAAUUUGGGUGACAAUCAGUUUGCUGGUCCACUUCCAUCCAAAUUAUGGCAAUGCACAAAGCUUCUUAAUCUAUCAUUGGUGGAGAACAAUUUUAGUGGAAGCAUACCCAAAACUAUUGGGAAUUUAACAAUGCUGAAGGGGAUAUACCUUGACUCCAACAAUUUCAACGAAAUUCCAAAAGAGAUCGGCUUUUUACAUCAGCUGGAGAAAUUGUAUGUGCAGCUUAAUGCCCUAAAAGGCCCUGUUCCUGUGGUUGUUUUCAACAUGUCUUCUUUGACUGUGUUGACUCUAUAUGACAACAGCUUGAGUGGUGGUCUUCCAGACAAUAUAUGCCAACAUCUUCCUAAUCUUCAAAUGGUUUCUUUGUCUAGAAACAAGUUUGAUGGUCCACUUCCAUCCAAAUUAUGGCAAUGCACAAAGCUUCAGAUGUUUAAUUUGGCAAUAAACAGUUUCAGUGGAAGCAUUCCAAAAAAUAUUGGGAACUUAACCCAGUUAACCAUGAUUUCGCUUGACACCAACAAUUUCACAGGCACUAUUCCAUGGUCCUCAAUAUUCAAUAUCUCCACCAUAAGAGUACUGUCGCUUAGUCGGAAUCAGCUAUCGGGUAGCCUCCCAGCGAACAUAGGUCUUGGACUUCCAAACCUACAAAUCCUCUAUCUUACAGAAGCUGGCCUCAGCGGAGUAAUCCCUGACUUCUCCAAUGCUUCUAUGCUCACGAAGCUUGAAUUGGGCAAAAGCUCAUUUACAGGGUUUAUUCCUAGCACGCUAUGUGCCUUAACAAACCUUCAGUCGCUUAAGUUACACAAUAAUAGUUUGAUGAUUGAUACUUCGACUCCAGAAGCAAACACUCUCUCUUGUUUGGCUAAUCUUGGAAAUUUGCGAUUAUUAUCCUUGACAGCUAAUCCGUUAAAUGCCAGACUUGAUGAUUCCUUUCGGAAUUGCUCUACAUCGUCGCUUCAAUAUCUUUAUUUAUUCAAUUGCAGCAUGAGGGGUAACAUUCCCAUUGGUAUUGGCAACUUGAGCAGCUUGAUAGAAUUAAAUCUGGGAUACAAUCAAUUGAGUGGAUCAAUUCCAACUUCACUGGGAAGACUAGGGAAUCUCCAAGCUUUGUUCUUGAAUGAUAACAAGUUGCGAGGGUACAUCCCAUAUCAACUAUGUCAAUUAGAUAACCUAGCUUACUUAUAUUUGAGUAGUAAUCAGCUCUAUGGUUCUAUACCUUCUUGCUUGGGAAAUCUAACCGCAUCUCUAAGAUAUCUAUCAUUGGGAUCCAAUUCGUUGAGUUCCACAAUACCAUCUAACUUUUGGAGACUUGCCUAUAUCUUGUCUGUAGAAUUAUCAUCCAAUUAUCUAAUUGGACAUCUCUCACAAGAUAUUGGAAACUUGAAAGUUGUGACACAGGUAGAUAUAUCAAAUAACAAUUUAUCUGGUAUCCUACCAAGCACUUUUGGGGGUCUUCGGGAUUUGGGUAAUCUAUCCUUGGCAAAUAAUAAUUUGGAAGGCCCUAUUCCAAGUUCAUUUGACGGGUUGCUAAACCUACAAUUCUUGGAUUUGUCCAGAAACAAUCUGUCUGGAGUGAUUCCCAAGUCUUUAGAGGCUCUGUCACUUCUCAAGUAUAUGGAUUUGUCUUUCAACAGGCUCCAGGGAGAAAUUCCAACUGGUGGACCGUUCCAAAACUUCUCCGCUCAAUCAUUUGUCUCAAACAAAGCACUCUGUGGUGCAGCCCGACUUCAUGUUCCACCAUGCAAAAAUGGUACAGUUGAACCAAAUUGGAGGAAAGCUAAAUAUAUCAUCCCAGGGAUCAUAUCAGUAAUUCUCUUUGUGGCCUCUGUAUCUAUCUUUGUACUACGCAGGAAAAGGAAUGUGGAAGUUGCAGGAGAGGCUACCUCGUUGCCUCAACUUCUUUGGAGAAGAGUUUCACAUCUAGAACUUCUAAGGGGCACAAAUGGAUUUAAUGAAAACAACCUACUUGGAAGUGGGGGUUUUGGUUCAGUAUAUAAAGGGACACUUUCAGAUGGAAUAGAUGUUGCAGUAAAGGUUUUUAGUUUACAGCUAGAAGGGGCUUUCAAGAGUUUUGAUAAGGAAUGUGAAAUGCUAAGCAAUAUUCGUCAUCGAAACCUUAUCAAAAUCAUCAGUUGUUGCAGUGAAAUUGAUUUCAAAGCCUUGGUACUCAAAUACAUGCCUAAUGGGAGCCUCGAGAAGUGGUUGUACUCUCAAAAUUCUUUGAAUAUCUUACAGAGGUUGAACAUAAUGAUAGAUGCUGCAUCUGCACUGGAAUACCUACACCAUGGUUAUUCAAUACCUAUUGUGCACUGUGAUAUGAAGCCAAGCAAUAUACUACUGGAUGAUGAUAUGGUUGCAUAUGUUGCUGAUUUUGGAAUUGCAAAACUCUUAGGUGGAGGAGAUUCUAUUACCCAAACCAUGACUCUAGCCACUGUUGGGUAUAUGGCUCCAGAGUACGGAUUGGAAGGAAUGGUUUCAACAAGAGGGGAUGUGUACAGUUUCGGAAUUGUAGUGAUGGAAACAUUCACUGGAAGGAAGCCAACAGAUGAGAUGUUUGAUGGGGAAAUGAAUAUAAAGCAAUGGAUUGCAAACUCACUAGUAUUACCAUAUGCAAAGAUAGAUGAAGUUGUGGAUGCCAAUUUGCUUGGGAUUGUGACACAGCAGGAAGACGAUGAUCAUGUGAGGAAGAGGGAUUGCAUAUCAGCCAUUAUGAGAUUAGCUCUUACUUGCUGUGCGGAAUCACCAGAAGAGAGGAUAAGUAUGAAAGAAGCUGUAGCCACACUCAACAAAAUCAAGACAAAGUUUUUGAAGGAUGCUGACCGUCCUCUUGUUCAGCAGCGCUUCAAUUAAUGGGUACUAUCCUAUGACAUAUAUUUCAUGCACAUUGAUUUGAUUCAAUUUCAGUAUUUUAUUUAGACAAUGUAGAGGAAGGCAUACUGUUUUAUUUCGGACUGAUUUUAUGGUG